AUGGGUAUCUUCUUUCGGGACCGCCAGGAGGACUUGGCGGAUCCCGAUCUAAGGGCGUCUCGUUACUUCCUAUUCAAGAAUAAACAGACGCAGGAAAAUAAGCUCAAAAAUGCGGAAAAGAAAUAUGGCUACACUCUUGCUGAACUUCAUGCCUACAGGCAUCUCAUGAUGCCACCUCGAAUGCCUCAGCGCAUGCAAGAGGAACGGACAGAUAUGGCAAAUACGUACUGUCAGAUUGAAAGGCUCGUGGGCGUUGAGGUUUACCAACAACAGACGGAGAACCACUUCGCCACAAAGGCUCCUACUUCCAGCAGCUGGUCGAACGCUUCCGAAGGAGUAUCCGUUCCUGAGACAGCUUCAGCAAAGUCCCUCAAUGCGGAUUUAUGUUCUGCGGAGAAAAGUGGGGGGACAAACGGGACAGAUGAAGUGGAUGAGAGAUGUGUGAAGUGUCUCGGCUACUACUUGGCUUUGGACAGAUGUGUUCGAUCUGUGUCGAAACAAGACGAGAAAAAUAGGGUGUACAAGCACACGCGUCUUCAUGCUUGCAAGCCCCAUUGGGUGUGGUUUAAUCGAUGCAUUGCUUAUCGGGACCAGCAGCUCCUCAAGGAAAUACACUCGUGGGAGACAGAGCACGUCAAGUCACUUCGUCCUGAGGAGAGGAAGGAUUACCUGGAUCGACUGCAAGGCACGAAGAGGUACCUCGAAUAUGCUGCGGCUCGUUCCCGCGACGACAUCGAAGUUAUCAAGUAA